GUCGCGCGAAUAAAAAACGUCGAUUACGAUUACGAUUACGGGAUCGUUUUCAUUCGUUAAUUUUUUGCCGGGGAAACAAGUUACCUGUAACUGUAAACUGUAAACAGCUGAUUUCCUGACAUUUGUUUUAUUCGCAUCCACGUCCACGUCCACAGCCAUCCACAGCGUCCGCUACCGCCUACCGCUCUACCGCAGCCGGCAGCGUGUCGCGGCGAUGGCCACUCUAUUCGGUUUUACAAGACUCUUUAAUUACGCGGCGAGUAAUUGUCUGAGAAGAGCACUGGCACCGGCCGCAAUUUGCAAGCAAUAUUAUCCCGCAUUGAGAUUGUGGGAGACGCCAAUAGCGGAGUAUCGGGUGACUAAACCACCAUGGAUGAAGCCAAUUCCGGAUUACCAAACGGAAGUACAGGAGUGGGACGAAGAAAGGGAGAAAAUAUGCACCGACGUGACAAAUGAGAUCAACAAUCAGAUCGCAACGGACAAGGUGGGCCGUAUGUUCGCGAUCGUGCAAGUAUGCGGGAAACAGUUUAAGGUGACGCAAUACGACAUUAUAAUUAUCGAGGGAUUCUGGCCGCCGAACAUAGGCGAUACACUGAAACUGGAGAAAGUAUUGAUGGUCGGCAGUAAAGACUUCACCCUCAUAGGCAGGCCGAUCCUGAACAGAGAAUUGGUCUCGAUCGACGCGACGGUUAUAGAGAAGACUCUGUCCCACACGAAAACUCGCUUCAGGUUCCGGCCGAGGAAACAGUAUCGCCGUAUAAACUUCUACAGAACACAGCACACGAUGCUGCGGAUUAACUCCAUAAAUAUAAACGGGAACAUUGACGAGAAGAAAGAAGUGGAGGGAUUAGAUAGAAUAUAUUAACAGUAUAACGUGUGUGUAUAUAUAUUAAUAAAAAUAUGCCUAAAUAUUA